CCUGCACAAACACGUCGACCUCAAAGGGUUUGGUGCCGCCAUGCCGCAGAAGGUGCAGCCCAUGUCGAGGGGCGCGGAGCGCGAGGAACUUCGCUUCGCGCAGAGUCGACCUGCCCAACAUGCCGAGAAUCAGUACGAGGGAUUCUUCAAGGGCAUGGGCUCCACUUCCAAGGAGGUGAUUUGCAGCAAGAAGGCCUCGCAAUUGAAGCGCUUACACGAGGCCACCCACUUUGCCAUUGGCUGUCAGAAGUGGGACGAGGACACUCGAGGGGCUUCUGUGAGCCAUAGCACCUUCGUGGAUCCUGAAGUGGUCUAUGCCACCUGUGAUGCCCCGGACAAGAAUAUGAGCAGCCCGGUGCAUGUUGGAAUCAAGAGGUUGAGCUGGUGGAGGGAUGUGGAUGGUUUUGAAGAGGGACUAGGUGUCGUGGAGCUGCGGCAGCAAGUCUUUAAACCGGUGACCCACUACCGCACCGAGCAGCGGGACCGCUUCGAGGAUCCAGGUCCCCAGCCCAAGAACGACCCGCUCAUCCCACCGGUGACCGUGCACCUGGGCGAUGACCAACCUGGCUAUGCGCUGCAGAGCCAUGCGGUGCACCGGAAGAUUCCAGCUGAGGAGCACCACGGCGCCCGGGCGCUGCGCGCGGCGGGCAGCGGAGUGCUGAUCCCCACUGCGGUCUUCCCGAAACCCGUGAGGUGCAACCCGGUCACUGGCGGUCCCAGGAACCUAGAUGUCUACGACCUGGGUGUGGCCAACGCGGUGCGGCACGAUCGUGUGAGCCAGAAUAGUUCCACCAUCGUGCGCGAGGCCCAUGUGCGGAACCCCAUCUCGGGGACCGUGAUGCCACUGCAUGAAUAUGCGAACCCCAGAGGAAUUGGCGUCUCGCCUGGUCUGGGCCGCCUUUUUUGUGGGUGUGAGGAGGGUGGGGCCUUUCCCAAGAAAAACACAGAGGACCCUACAUGGCACUAUAAGAGUCAGUUGCUUUGA